AUGACUGACUAUUACGGAUACGGCGUAAGAGUUGAAUUGAAGGAUGGUAAGUUGAUUCAAGGGAAGAUUGCAAAGGCUACAUCGAAAGGGUUGACUUUGAAUGAAGUUCGGUUUGGUGAUGGAGGUACUUCGCAGGCGUUUAAAGUUAGAGCCUCGCGUUUAAAAGACUUGAAGGUUUUAUCAGUAGGUUCUGCCAAACAUAGAGGUAAUAAUAACAGCGGUAACAGUAGUACUGCCAACAAUGGGUCUCCCAGACCUCAAUCUGGUCAGAAUGCAGAUUGGAAGAAUGAUGAUGUUGCGGGUAUCAAGAAACAGGAUGAUUUUGAUUUUCAAAGCAGUUUGAAGAUGUUCAACAAAAAAGAUAUUUUUGCUCAAUUGAAACAACAAGAUGAGAUUAAUCCAGAUAACAGAUUGGUGUCGCAUAACAAGAAGCAAGGGACUAAACAGGACAAAUACGAUAUCGACGAAUUAGUUCUACCUGACGCGAAAGACGACGCAUGGGAUACUUUACAUACCAACACUUCUGGAGACGUUGCUAUUGCCGGUGAAGGAGAAGAAGAUGAUGACGACGACGAUUACGAUGAGGAUGAUGUGGAUAAUGAUAAAUAUUUCCCAGUGACCAAAUCGAUUAACAUCACGCAUUUAUUGCAUUCUGCAUCUAGUAAGAAUCCGAACGAAGACAAGAGUUCCUCUGGGGACAAGACCACUACUGACGAGUUAUUGACCAAACUUGGACAGAUGAUAAUCAAUCAAUCUGCAACCAAGGACAACGAGAGUCGCCGUAACUCUAGUGUGAGACAGCAAGCAUUGCAAGCAAAGGACAUCAAACUGACUGUGCCAAUGGCGACCGCCAUCCAAUUGUGGGAGAUUCAGCGGGUGACUUCUGAAAACUAUGGCAUCACCAGCACGAUGACGAACGAAAACUUUGCAGUGAAUGCCUCGAACUACAUCAAACAGAAACUGGGCGGACGUGCACGUCUGCGUUCUCAAAACAUGAAUGCACAGCCAUUGGUGAUCAUCCUAACUUCUGAAUCAGCAAGAGUGGGCGCUAGAGCCCUUGCUGUUGGAAGACAUCUGUGCAGUAACAAUUACAUCCGCGUGAUCACAAUGUUCACGAAUGACAUCAACGAAAUCAAAGACCCAUUGGUGAAGGAGCAACUGGACAUAUACACUAAGUGCGGUGGCAAAUUUGUCAACACUGUUUCGCAAUUAGAAAACACCAUUGAAAAAUUGAACAGCCCUGUGGAAUUAGUGAUUGAUGCAAUGCAAGACUUGAAUUGUAAUCUUGGAGACCUGGUGGACGACAACGACAACGCCGAACGCAAGAUUCUGAACAUGAUCCAUUGGUGCAACGAACAAGCACGAAAGGAUAAGCAAGUAUGGUCGAUUGAUAUCCCUAGCGGAUACGACAACGGGUCCGGCCUGGAGAACUUCCCCUCCUCUGUAUCCGCCACCUCGGUGCUCUCCAGCGGAUGGCCACUGUUGGCAUUGCCGAGGAUCCAAGAGAAUGCCAACACCUUGCAAGACGUUGUGGUAGUCGACAUCGGAACUCCACACGCUGCCUACACACAUAACAUCACUCUUCGCAAAUUCCAGAACUGCGAUCUCUUCGUGCAGCACGGCUCCUUGCCACUGAUUAUAUAG